CGCUGACCCAGGCCACCUACAAACUCUGGGUCCCUGACACCGACUUCGACACCGACACCAACUGGAGCCAGAAUCGGACCCCGUGUUCCAGCGACGCCAUCCAGUUCCCAGCAGACAAGAUGGUGUCGGUCCUGGUGCGAGGGAGCCACGCCGUUGCCAACCUGCUCCUGCCGCUGGACGGGGAGCUCGUCCUGGCCCCGGGAGCGGGGUUCAGCGCCGCGCACUCCCACGCAGGCUCGCACCAGGACUGCGGCGCCGGCUCAGGGGGUCCUGUGCUCUUCCGCAACCCGGACCGCUUCUCCUGGCUCGACCCACACCUGUGGCGCUCUGGGGACGAGGCUCCCGGCCUCUUCUCCGUGGACGCCGAGCGCGUGCCUUGUGUCCACGACGACGUAAUCUUCCCGCCCAACGCCUCCUUCCGCGUGGCGCUGGGCCCCGGCGCCAGCGCGGUGCGCGUCCGCAGCGUCUCGGCGCUGGGCCAGGCGGAGGAGACGCCAGAAGGCCGAGUCCCCGCCCACAGGGGAGCCCGAGGGCUUCUCCAACCCCAUGUUCGAAGCAGCGACCUGGGAGAAGCAGCCCCCAGCGCAGCCGCCCAGCCUGGCCCCGAACACGGACAACAGCACCUGCUACUUCGUGAACCCGCUGUUUGCGGCUGAGGCUGAAGUCUAAUCCCCUGGCCCCCACCUCCUGUACAGCAGAACCCCUACCUCAAAGCUUUGCGCCCCACAUCCCGAGCUCCCCAAUAAAGGGUUUUCUGCACUGCCA